CUCUCUCUCUCUUUUUUUGAAACAGGGUCUCACUGUGUCACCUAGGUUGGAGUGCAGUGGUGUGUGAUCAUGGCUCACUGAAGCCUCAGACUCCUGGGCUCAGGUGAUUCUCCCACUUGAGCUUCAGAAGUAGCUGGGACAACAGGCGCAUAGCACCAUGCCUGGCUAAUUUUUGUAUUUUUUAUAGAGACAGGGUUUCACCAUGUUGCCUGGGCUAGUCUCAAACUCCUGACUUUAAGUCAUCCUUCCACCUUGGCCUUUCAUAGUGCUGGGAUUACAUGCAUUAGCCACCAUGCCCAGCCUAACUUCUAUUAUACAAAAGGAAUAUUUGUUCAUUGUAAAAAAAAAAAAAAAUACUGAAGGCCGGACAUGGUGGCUCACACCUGUAAUCCCAGCACUUCGGGAGGCUGAGGUGGGCUGAUCAUGUGAGGUCGGGAGUUCAAGACCGGCUUGACCAACACGGAGAAACCCCAUCUCUACUAAAAACACAAAAUUAGCUGGGCAUGGUGGUUCAUGCCUGUAAUCCCAGUUACUUGGAAGGCAGAGGUAGGAGAAUCACUUGAACACGGGAGGCGGAGGUUGCAGUAAGCAGAGAUCGCACCAUUGCACUCCAGCCUGGGCAAUGAGCCUUCCCUACACAUAAUCUUGUUUGUCUUCUGGGGCACAUGUGCAAGUUUCUCUACCUAGGAGUAGAAUUACUGGGUCACAGUGUAUGUGAAUGUUCACCUUUACAAGGUCAUGACAAAUUAUUUUCCAAAACCAUUAUAUAAAUUUACACUCCCACUAGCAAUGUAAAUUUGUUAAGUCUCCACAUCCUCAUCAACACUUGUUAUUGUCAUAUUUUUGCUUCUUGAAAAUAUAGUGGAUAUAAAUGGUAUCUUGCUAGUGUCUUAAUUUAUAUUUCCCUAAUUACCAAUGAAAUCAAGCAUCUUUUUGUAUAUUUACUAGCUAUGUUUCCUUCCUCUGUAAUGGUUUGGGUAACAUGUUUGGCCUACCUUUCUAUCGGAUUGUUUAUUUCUUUCUUACUUCACUGUAAGAAUCAAAAUAUUAAUUACAUGAGUACUUAAGUUUACCCAUCAUCUGUGUCAUAAAUUCGUUCUUCCUGUUUGUUAUUUACCUUUAACGUUAUUUGAGGGGGUCUUUGAAUAUAUAGAAAUUCUUAAUUUUUACAUAGUUUCAUUUAUUAAUAUGUUCUUUUCUGUUUAGUACUUUUUGGGUCUUCUUUAGUAGGUUCUUUUCUAGUCUAAGGCUAAAAACAAUGUUCUUCUAUCUUUUGUUCUGAAAGUUUUUAUUUUUACAUGUAAGUUUUUUGUUCAUCUGGAGUGGAUGUUAGUGUCUCAUAUGAGGUUGGGAAUCAAUUUUACUUUUUCCCCUGUGGGCAAGCAGCAGUACCAGCUUCUUUUACUUCUGACACAUCACUGCUCCACAUCUGUGUGGGUCUGUUUCUUGGCUCUGUAUUUUGUUCCAUUGGUCAUUUUUAUGUAUUUUUGUGCCAAUAUCAUCUUGCCUUAAUUAUUCUAAUUUUAUAAGUCUCAAUAGCUGCCAAGGCGUGCCUCUUCCCCUGACUUUCUUCUUCAGCAGUGUCUUAUUGGCUACUCUAGGACCUUUGCUAAUUUACAUCUCUCCCCCAAAAUGGCAUCACAAUGUCACUACAAGUUUAUAACUUGCUUUAAAAAUACUUAAAACCUAAUAGUAGGAAGCACGGUGGCUCAGGCCUGUUGUCCUGGCACUUGAGGAGGUGAGGCUAUGAGGCCAGCCUGGGAAACAAACAAACAAACAAACAAAAAAAAGUCGCAGCUACUUGGGAGGCUGAGGCAGGAGAAUCCUUGAACCUAGGAGGUAGAGGUUGCAGUGAGCUCAGAUCACACUACUGCACUACUGCCUGGCAGAGCGAGACUCCAUCUCACAAAAACAAAAACAAACAAACGAAAGACCUAAUAAUAACAAAUACUUAGCCGGGCAUGCUGGCUCAUGCCUGUAAUCCCAGCACGUUGGGAGACUAAGGCAGGCAGAUCAUGGGUCAGAAGAUUGAGACCAUCCUGGCUUACAUGGUGAAACCCUGUCACUCCUAAAAAUACAAAAAAUUAGCCAGGCAUGGUGGCACACACCUGUAAUCCCAGCUACUCAGGAGACUGAGGCAGGAGAAUGGCUUGAACCCAGGAGGUGGAGUUUCCAGUGAGCAGAGAUCGUGCCAUUGCACUCUAGCCUAGGUGACAGAGGGAGACUUUCUCAAAAAAAAAAAAAAAAAAAGAAAAGAAAAAAAGGAAACAAAAACGUAAAUAAUGCUUUAAAACUUAAUAAUACAUUUUGAAUGUUUUGUCAUUUACAAGUUACUAUAAAAUAUAAUUUAUAAUGGCUACAUAAUGUGUUAUUGUUGAAAGAUACCAUAAUUUGUUUAUUUCAUCCCCCAUUUUUGGAUAUUUAAGUUGUUACCAAAUUUUCAUUAUUGUAAAAAAAACUCUGUGGUGAAUAUUCUUGUGGCAAAAUUUAACAUAUUUAUGACUGCUUCCUCAGGAUGGAACUACAAUUCUGAAUCUAAGAAUGUACUCAAUUUUAAGGUUGUUGAUACACAUCGCUAAAUAAUCUUUUAGAAAGUUCACAUGACAGUGUAGGUCUCAGGACACCCUUGCUAACAGUGAACAUUAUUAUUUUCAAAAAUCUUGUCCAUUUUGAUAGGCAAAUAAUUGAAAGCCAAGCUAAACUUGGAUUACAUGUCUAACUGGCAGUCAUCAUGUUCUACGUUUAGAUUUUUCUAGUGAGCAGCCACAAGAUUUCACACACUGAGCACUCUCCUAAGUGUUAUUAUCCCCAUUUGUUCUGUUAGAAGAAUUGAGCCAGGCCCACCAGGCUUAUGGGGAACGGGACUGCAGCGGUGACUGAGUUUGUUCUGCUGGGGUUUGCCCUGAGCAGGGAGGCAGAGCUGCUGUUCCUGGUGCUCCUGCUGCCCACGGUCCUGCUGACUCUUCUGGGGAACCUGCUCAUCAUCUCCACCAUGCUGUCCUGCUCCUGCCUCCACACCCCCAUGUACUUCUUCUUGUGCAACCUCUCCACUCUGGACAUCCUUUUCACCUCAGUCAUCUCUCCAAAAGUGUUGGCCAACUUAGGAUCUGGGGAUAAAACCAUCUCCUUUGCCGGAUGCAUUACCCAGUGCUAUUUCUACUUCUUCUUGGGCACAGUUGAGUUCCUUCUGCUAACGGUCAUGUCCUAUGACCGCUAUGCCGCCAUCUGCUGCCCCCUACAAUACACCACCAUCAUGAGACCUCCUGCCUGCAUUGGGACCAUUGUGUUCUCUUCGGUGGGAGGCUUCCUUUUUGUGCUCUUUCCAACCAUCCUCAUCUCCCAGCUGCCCUUCUGUGGCUCCAACAUCAUUAACCACUUCUUCUGUGACAGUGGACCCUUGCUGGCCCUGGCCUGUGCAGACACCACUGCCAUCGAGCUGAUGGAUUUUAUGCUUUCUUCCGUGGUCAUCCUGUGCUGCAUAGUCCUUGUGGCCUAUUCCUACAUGUACAUCAUCUUGACAGUAGUGCGCAUUCCUUCUGCAAGUGGAAGGAAGAAGGCCUUUAAUACCUGUGCUUCCCACCUGACCAUAGUCAUCAUUUCUAGUGGCACCACUGUGUUUGUCUAUGUGACCCCCUCCCAAAAAUAAUAUCUGGAAAUCAACGAGGUCCCUUCAGUACUGAGCAGUGUGGUGACUCCAUUCCUCAACCCUUUUAUAUAUACACUGAGGAAUGACAGAAUGCAGGGAGUCCUCAGGGGUGUGUGGGUCAGGGUUCGAGGAGUUUUAGAAAAGACAAUGAGGGCUGUGCUGAGGAGCAGUUUGUCCUCCAACAAAGACCACCAAGGAGGGGCUUGCUCUUCUCCACCACCUAUCUAUUGUGUAAAGCCCCAGUGUUAGAAAGAGAGGAGCUGCCUUCGUGAAAGAGAGGAGCUGUUUUCAUGAAAGAGUAAGCUGGCUAAGGAAUUCUGAGUAGUCUAUAGUGGAAAGACUGCUGUGGAGACGGAGACUUGGACUCUGGCCUUGGUUCUAACUUUAAUCUGUGACCACAGCUGUGUUACCAGCCAUUCUGACCCUCAGUAGUCCCAGCUGAAGUCAACACGGCUGGACUUGAUGAUCUCUAAGUCCCACCCACACUGAAUAUUCUAAGAAUGGAAGGGCCAUGCAGCCCAUUUCCUCCUAGAAGUCCUAACAUGUUUGGCCCAUUUCCUUAUGGAUCCCGACCACAACUGUUCCAUCAUCUUAACAGGAAGUCCUUCCUGGACUUCUCUGCAUGGACCCUCUUUCUUUCCAUCCUCUGCAAGAUCUUUUUAGAAAUCACCUUUAUUAUUCUCUAAUACACUAUCAUAUCCUAUAAUUCAUUUUUUUCCUAGUGGGCAUUUGCAAUGAUUGUGAUGGGUAUAUAUCAUCAUCUGUAUUAUUUAAUAAUAUUGCUUUCUAUAAUAGAACAUGUUCAUAAAAUCCAACAUGUUCAUGUCUUUAUGUAAGACAUGGCCUUGUUCCCCUAGCCACUAAUGAUUGAUCCAUGGUUGGAUAAUCUGACUGAAGGCAUAACUCAUCACCUGCAGAGACAUAUGCACACAUGAGACUGGCCAAUGACCUAUGACCUGUGUGGCUUGGCUGGACCAGAUGAGCUGUGCAAACAGAUACCACUUUUUUGAUAAAUUGAAGCAAAAAACACAGACAUUAUUCCACACAAGUGUGAUGCCUCCCCUGGAAGCAGAAAUAGGCUUGGUGGCUGGAGUAGCCACUUUGGGUGCCAGGUGCAAGCUGAUGAGUAAUUAGAGGGAAUCAGUCUGCCCAUCAGAGAGAAUGGAGUUGACGUAUAGAGAAAAACAGAAGAGACAGAUGAGAGCCCACUCAGCUGCAGAGGCACAGCCCAAAGAGUCCUCCUUGCUCAUGACUUCCUAGGCCUGGAGCUGGUAAGAGUUUUGAUUCCUGUUCCUGGAUUUGAUGUGUUUUGCCUGAAUCUGUAAACCAAAUCCCUUUUAUUGAGCUCUCUUGAGAAGGUCUUAGAUUCUUCUGACCAAAAAGCAGCUUGAUUACAAAGUUUACUGUCUCUACACCAAACAUAGCUUCUCCCCUUUUCUGGCUCCAUCCAACUGGAAAGAAUCUGUUUUUAACCACACUUCUAGUCCGAAUUUUUGGUGCCCAAACACUGCUUGGGAUGCUUAACUGACCCUCCUCUGGGCCUAUGGUUCAGCUCAGUGCAAACCAGCUUUUCAAUGUCAUCAGAAUCUUUGAGGCUUAAUUUCCUGUCCUACUUGGCUGCUAGUGCUGCAGCAUCCACUUUGCUAAGUUAACCCCUGUGCUCUACAUGAAACUGGUCAGAAGGACACAUGCAUACCUAAGGAACUGCUGCAGAGUUCUGUGGAAAUAAAUGAAGACCACUGAAAUGAACACAGAGGCCACUUACUCAGAACUGGCUAUAACAGGGGGGUCAGCCACCAUCACUUGCAUUUGGCAGAGAAUCAAAGGCAGGCAGGGGAGUGGAAAGCUUCAUAGUAGGAAAAAAGGGGAAGGCCUGGGUAUUCCUUGACUAGAGGGGUUUGGCAUGGAGCAGCUAGAGGUGAGAUAACUAGUUCCAGGACAUCUUAGGGGAUGGUUUGGGAAGCAUAUUUGGCUUUCUCUGGUCUUGAGUUAGAAAAAAGUGUAGAAGGAAAGGUGGGUUUCAAAAAACAGGAAAGUGGGCAGUCACAAGCAAGUCUGGCCAUUUUGGUCCAAGUGCUUCAGAGGUUUGAUUGUGAUUUGGCUUCCCUUGAGGGUCCUUUGGAGUUUCUGAGUCAGUUCUGUUGUCAUAUAUGGUCUGGCUCUUGUCCACGUUUUUUUUUUUUUUGAGACAUUGUUUCACUCUGGUGGCCCAAGCUAGAGUGCAGUGGCAUGAUCUUGGCUCACCGCAACCUCUGCCUGCCCAGCUCAAGUGAUUCUCCUGCCUCAGCCUCUGGAGUAGCUGGGACUACAGGCAUGCGUCACCACACCCAGCUGAUUUUCUAUUUUUAGUAGAGACGAGGUUUCUCCUGUUGGUCAGGCUGGUCUCAAACUCCCGACCUCAGGUGAUCCACUCGCCUCGCCCUCCCAAAGUGCUGGGAUUACAGGCAUAAGCCACUGCGCCCAGCCUGCAGCCUGUUGUCCACUUUCAUAUUCAGUCUCAGUUUUUGCAACCUUGAAAUUUCAUAUAACAUUUUCAAGUCUAAGCAGAUGGACAGUCCUCCCAAAGUGGAAAACCAGAUCCCAUGAGAACAGACAAUGAAAGGUGAGCUCAGGUAAAUGGAGCGCUGUUGGGGGUUUUGCAGGCCAGGAAUGGGAGCUGUAGAAGAAACUGAGGAUGUCUUGCAUGUGCCAAAGACCCUGCUUCUUUGAGUGGACCCCAAGCCCCAAGAUUUAGAUUCUUUAGCUAGUAGGGCUUGUGAGAACACCUUCUCCCUCUAGAGGAAGCCUACUGUUACUGUACAUCUGGCAAAGCAGUUAGGCUAUGAGGCCCAGUCUUCUAUGGAGACUUCUAUGAGUCUCUAGGGUCAGAUUAGUGGAGAGGAAGAAGCUAGACCUCUGUGUUUCCCUCCGUAGGACUCUCAGAUGGCCUCAGAACCCAUGUUCUCUACCAGAAAUGUUUCAGUUUCACUUAAAACAUUUGGGGACUCAUAGACUCUCUCGUAAGUCUUUCAAACCACUGACCAAAAGCUUCUAAGUUUGCAUUUAAAACCAGCAACAUAUGUUCAAGUUUCCACUAGGGAACACUUAACCUAGCAGUUCCAUUCUCAGUCCAAUACUUCCUUCUUACAGGCCUUUUCAUGCUUUGUGGGGUUGGUGUGUUUGUUAGUCUGUCUUCAUUAGGGGUGGCAAAUAUCUGAGUCUCACAGCACCAAAUAUGUUAGCAGUGAAAGGCAACCGAGUUAUCCGAGGUGAAUCCAUACGUAUCUGCAGCAAUCUCAAUUCUUGCCUCCUCAGAAGAAAGAAUUUGACUGAGGGGCAUAAAGGAGGCAGAAAAAGAGACCAUGGGAAGUUUCAGAGCAGGGGUGGAAGUUUAUUUAAAAAGGCUUUAGAAGGGCCCGGUGCGGUGGCUCAUGCCUAUAAUCCCAGCACUUUAGGAGGCCGAGGCGGGUGGAUCACAAGGUCAAGAGAUUGAGACCAUCCUGGUCAACAUGGUGAAACCCCGUCUCUACUAAAAAUACAAAAAAAUUAGCUGGGCAUAAUGGCACAUGCCUGUAGUCCCAGCUACUCAGGAAGCUGAGGCAGGAGAAUCGCUUGAAUCCAGGAGGCGGAGGUUGCGGUGAGCCGAGAUCGUGCCAUUGCACUCCAGCCUGGGUAACAAGAGCGAAACUCCGUCUCAAAAAAAAAAAAAAAAAAAAAAAAAAAGGCUUUAGAACAGGAAAGAAAGGAAAGUACGCUUGGAAGACACCCAAGUGGGCCAAGGUCAAGGGCAGUGUAUAACCUUGAUCCUAGAACUAUUUUAUAGGCUGGUCCCUUUCUUAUGAUUCUUCCCUUAAGUGGGCUGCCUGCAAGUUCAGUGCCCUCCUUACCCUUGGGAAGUGAGCGUGCACAAUGUGUUUAAGGACAUUGUACGCAUGCCCAUCUGAGGCUUUCUUCCCUUUUCCGGUAGAGUGCCCUGGGAGGACAUACUCCGCUCUUUUGUCUCUUACUGUGCAUGCCCCGGAAGUUGCUUCUUCUUGGCAUCUGCAUUCAAUUAAUACUUUAGUGCAACAGGCAACAGGUGUGAACACUCAGGAUAAUGGCCUCUCCCUGGCUGCUAAUUUAUCACUUUUAGAGAGGCAAUGUGACAAAUGCCGAACCAUCACCUGACAUUCCUAGUGGGUUGGGGAGAGCCCUCUCCUAUCCUGCUCAUGCCUAACUACCUGUAACAUCUACCCCAAGAGAGAGUAAAUCCCUUUUAGUGCAAAGAUUGCAUGAUAUUAAUUUGGGGAUCUCCUACCCUUUCUCCCAGAAACAUGUAUCAGUGUUUCACACACCAGAUAUGCUCAAUUAGUAUGUACUAAAUAAAGUGAAAUAUGUGCAGUUUAGCAAGAGUCCGUUUUGAAAAUGUAAAUUUUAGCUUGGAUUUGGGUUGGGCUACUUCCACUAAAUAAAGCAGUCUAGACCCUUAGAAAAAAGGAAGAAGCCUGCAGGCACUGGGAGGACACCCUGAGGGCCAAUGAGCAUCGGGGAAACGGUAAUAGGUGGAGGGGGCAAUGAGGGCAAAGUUCAUCUGCUUGCACGCUUUGCCUUAGCUGCCUGUACUUGCUCCCACUUCUACACUCAUUCUAGUUCCAAGACUAAGUGGGAGGUAUAAACUUCUGCUGUAAACUCCUUAGAAAUCAGAGCCUUACAGAUGGCCAGUGGUCCAGUCCCAGAAAGUCUGGGGAUUGGGGGAGCAUGUCAAAGUGUCAUAGACGUCUUUAGUCUGUGACAUAAUUUUUAUUCUUUAAUAUAUCUGUGGCUCCACAGCCUGCAUCUGCCUGUGGCCUCCAUUUACUCUCCCAGUAGCUCCAGAGAGUUUCUCCAGGAUGCAACAUGUAGAACCUAGGGAGUCAGGGGUGGCCUUGGCUUCUGAAGGUAUACAAGGGAGUCUGGCACUCUGUAGCUGUUGGGAAGCAUAAUUUAAAAAAUCUGGCUGGGCGCGGUGGCUCAUGCCUAUAAUCCCAGCACUUUGGGAGGCUGAGGUGGGCAGAUCAUUAGGUCAGGAGUUCAAGACCAGCUAAUAUGGUGAAACUUUGUCUCUACUAAAAAAUACAAAGUUAGCCAGGUGUGGUGGCACCUUCCUGUAGUCUCAGCUACUCGGGAGGUUGAAGCAGGAGAAUCCCUGGAAUCUGGGAGGUGGAGGUUGCAGUGAGCCAAGAUUGUGCCACUGCACUCCAGCCUAGGCGACAGAGAGAGACUGUCUCAAAAAAAAAAAAAAAAAGAAAAUCUAUUCCCAGCCCAGAAAACUGCCCUACAAUGGUAGGAAAGAAAGAAAGAAAAUAGUUUUAUUAUUGAGUAAAGGUUAAACCAGAAUAUAAUGCUCAUCAUAGGCAUCUUCUAAAAAGAUUGCAAAGACAGAAAGAAAUUUCAGCCUUUUAUAAAGGCAAACAUAUUAAUAAAAUUAAUUGCAUACAUUUUCCUCAAGGUAAACAACAGCUAGUCCUCAAGAAAAAGGACUUGACAACCCCACUUGUCACACACAGUUCGUCCUCAGUUCACUUGGUAAUUGGGGUGAAUCAUCUGUUCUAAUUGACUUUAUCCAAAGGAAAAAUAAACUUUACAUAUCUUUAUAACAGGAGGUAGUUUAGGAGCAAGAUGUUCUGAAGUUAGGUUCCUCCCCUCCCACCAGGACUGGGAAAUAGAGGCGCUAUCUUCCUUGAUGAUUUCAAAGAGAUAUUUCCUAGGUCCUUAAGAAAGACAUUCCUGGGUUGUAAUGCUGUUCAGAGGAUUAGUUAACAUUUAAAAAGAUUUAUAUAUAGUUCAAAGAGACAGAGAAAGAACUCAUACAUUUUCUUUCCUUCCUUCCUUCCUUCCUUCCUUCCUUCCUUCCUUCCUUCCUUCCUUCCUUCCUUCCUUCUUUUCUUUCUUCUUUCUUUCUUUCUUUCUUCCCUUCCCUUCUCUUCUUCUUUCUUCCUUCCUUCCUUCCUUCCCUUCCCUUCCCUUCUCUUCUUCUUUCUUUCUUUCUUUUCUUCCUUUCUUCUUUCUUUCUUUCCUUCCCUUCCCUUCUCUUCUUCUUUCUUUCUGUCUUUUCUUGCUUUCUUUCUUUCUUUCUCUCUUUUUUCUUUCUUUCUUCAAUCUUUCUUUCUUUCUUUCUUUCUCUUUCUUUCUUUCUUUCUCUCUCUCUCUCUCUCUCUCUUUCUUUCUUUCUUUCUUUCUUUCUUUCUUUCUUUCUUUCUUUCUUUCAAGGAGUUUCACUCUUGUUGCCCAGGCUGGAGUGCAGUGGUGCCAUCUCGGCUCACUGCAACCUCUGUCUCCUGGGUUCAAGCGAUCUCCUGCCUCAGCCUCCAGAGUAGCUGGGAUUACAGGCGUGUGCCACUAUGCCUGGCUAAUUUUGUAUUUUUAGUAGACAGGAUUUCUCCAUGUUGGUCAGGCUGGUCUCGAACUCCUGACCUCAGGUGAUCUGCCUGCCUUGGCCUCUUAAAGUGCUGGGAUUACAGGCAUGAACUGCCAUGCCUGGCAAGAACUCAUAAAUUUUUCUAAAGUAAAUGUCUAAGGAAAGGGAAGAGGGAUAAUUUUUUUCCCUUAUUUUCAACAGAGAGAAAUAAGCUACUUAUUUUUAAUUUGCACUUGCCAUUACACAGCCCUGAGGCUGGGAGGAGGGGCAGGACACAUUCCGCCAAAGCUCUUUGCAUCUGCUUGCUUUGCCAGUUUAGGUAUAUGUUUGUGCUGGACCCCUACAAAGCAAGGUGAGCAGGCCUGAUUCCCAUGUGAGGGGGCUCAUGCCUGAAACUGACAUCAUGGGUAUAAACCAUGUAAAAUUUCAGCCAAUACAGAAGUGUAUAAAGUAAAACAUGAAAAGUCCUGCCAGCCAAUUCCACUCUGUAGCAGUCAACACUGUUAGCUAAACAUAUUAGCAUUUUGGGAGGCAGAGGUGGGCAGAUGGAUCACCCGAGGUCAGGAGUUUGAGACCAGCCUGGGCAACACAGCAAAACCCCAUCUCUACUAAAAUACAAAAAAUUAGCCAGGUGUGGUGGUGUGUGCCUGUAGUCCCAGCUACUCGGGAGGCUGAGGCAGGAGAAUUGCUUGAACCCAGGAGGCAGAGGUUGUAGUGCGCUGAGAUUGUGUCAUUGCAUUCCAGCCUGGGCGACAGAGCGAGACUGUUUCAAAAAACCCCAAAAACCAACCAAAAUCCCAUAUUUUAUGCUUAGAAUAUACAUAUAUAUAUUUAUUCAUAUUCACACAAAUAACUUUUAUUUUAUAAAACGGAAUGCAUUAUAUUGUCUGCAACUUGAUUUUAAAAAUCUUUCCAUGUCAAUCCUGUCAACAGAAAGAGUCAAAUUGUAAAAUAAUUGAAGAGAUUUAUUCUGAGCCAAAUGUGAGUGACCAUGGCCUGUGACACAGCCCCAGGAGAUCCUGAUGACAUGUGCCCAAGGCCGUCAGGCUACAGCUUGGUUUUAUACAUUUUAGGGAGACAUAAAACAUCAACCAAUAGUAAUAGUAAUAGAAGAAAUAUAUAACAACAAUAAGAUACCAUUUUUUACAUGCAAGUUGACAAAUUUUAAAGAUGGAGAAUAGCUAGUAAUGUCAAUAAUGAAGAAGAUGGAUAUUUUUACGCGAUGUUGGUGGGAGAGGAAAUUGUUACCACAUUUUUGGAGACAAAAUAAUUUCUGAAAUUUAAAAUGGUCAUACACUAUUAGCCAUGAGUCCUAAUAGCAGGAAUUUAUGCCAAAAAAAUUUUAGCACCAGUAACAAAACAGAAGAAAUGAGUGUCCACUGGUUAUAAAAGUGACAUCUAAAAAUGAAUUAUGUAGUUUUAUGGGUACUAUAAACCAAAAAUAAAAUUCUAAGUGCCCCAACCGACCAAAUGGACUCCUCCUCUUGACCAAGGGCAUUCUAAAGGAAACUUGAAACACCAGUUCAGGCCUUGAUGAGAAUGGGUGGUCAGACAUGCCUCAUUAAACCUGCCUCCCUUUGGAAUUCAGGCACAGCUGACCAGCAUUAAUAUUACAACAGUCUUGUACCUUAAGACGGCACAGCUUCUUGGUAGCAAUAAGAUACCAACAUGACAGAUAGCAGGCCCUGGAAGAAACCAAAGUAUUUUGUCCCAAAAUAUAUUGCUUUGGCAUAUUUUGAAAUUGCCCUGAGAAGCUGUCUCUUUAAGUUUGAUAAGAUAUAGGUUCUGUUCUCUCUGAAGCCUGCUACCUGGAGACUUCAUCUGCAAAAUAAGAACCUUGGUCUCCUUAACCCAUCUGAACCCAGACACUCCCUUUUAUCAAUUCCAGGGCUUUAGAUAAACUCUCGGCCAAUUGCCAAUAAGAAAAUAUUUUUGUUUACAUUUUAAAAAAGGAAAAGUGUUCUCAAAAUUGAACCCAACACUCAAAUCAGGUUAUGGUGGAGCCAUCGAGUCCUCCAGUCAAUGCAGGGAACGAGACCUAGCUUUCACUAGCUUUUUGGGCAGGUUCAUUCCUUUACUGCCACAAAUUAAGCUUCUAGCCCACUAACACCUUCACGUUGGUUUAAUGUUUUCACAUUAAUUGCCAUUCCUUUACUAGUUUGGUUCAUUUUUUUCUUUUCUCUUUUUUUUUUUUUUUUUUGAGACAGGGUCUCACAGUGUUGCCCAGGCUAUGGGGCAGUGGCUAUUCACAGCACAGGCACAAUUGUAGAGCACUGCAGCCUCGAACUCCCAGGUUCAAGGAAUCCUCCUGCUUCAGCCUCCCAAGUAGCUGGGACUGGAGGUGCACUCCACUUCACCAUGCUGAGCAUGGUUCUUUUUUCUUUUUCUGUAGAUACAGGGUUUUACUCUGCUGCUCAGGCUGGAGUGCAGGGGCACUCCAUAGCUUCAUAGUUCACUGCAGCCUUGAACUUCUGGGCUCAAGCAAUCCUCCUGCCUCGGCUUCCCAAGUAGCUAGGAUACAGUCACAUGCCACCAUGCCUAGGAAAUUUCAAUUUUUCUUUUUUUUUUAAGAUGUGGAGUUUUUCCGUAUUACCCAGGCUGGUCUUAAACUCCUGGGCUCAAGUGAUCCUCCUGCUUUGGUUGCCUAAAGUGCUGGGAUUACAGGCAUGAGCCACCACACUCGGCCGAGGCUCAUUUUUCAUGUGAAAGACUUGACAUUCAUCUCUGUCCACAGUUUGAUCAUAUCAGAAAACAACCUGUGCAGCCACUUUCUGAUUGUUGAAGCCUCUUCAUUCUUCCUCAGCAGGAUCCUUUGAGAUACAAUAAACUUCAUGUUUGAGAAUGCCCUGUCCCUUUUAAGCACUUGAAUUUUCUUUGUAACAUUCUGAAAUCUAUAAAAAUUACAUCUGACAAUUUUACUUCAACAUUCUAGUAAAUGCAAUUGUGAGUAGAGCAAGCAUUUACUAGGUGCUCUGCUUCUGGCAGAAAGAGACUCAGGUUAGUGUCCUGAUUCUUGGAGACCUCUGGCGCUACUGUAACUUGCUUUUCAUGUUUGCAAUCUGAGCUAAGAAAGCAGCAUCUGUGUCCUCCAAUUAUCUUAGUGUCUGUUCCUGUUUGUUUCUCCUUUUAUCCCCAUCCAAACAUUUCCAUCUUCAGUUUUGUGGUUUCCUUUUUUGACAUACACGCUUUUGUUGAGUCCCUUCGAUUAGACUCACUUCCUCUCCUCCAGUCAUGGGAUCCACAUGAUUGACUUAUUUAUCAUCUUGUCAUAAAAUUCAAGUUCCUCUCCCACUCUGGUCUUCUGCAAUACAACCAGCACUCUCUAGACUUUAUGGUUAUAAUAAUAUUAAUUACAAAUACAGGAAAAAAAUCCUAAAAUUGAUAUGUUUGGCAACAAAAAAUAACAUUCCCUCUUACCCCCAAUCAUAGACUAUCAGCAUCUUUUAAUAAAAUAACAAUAGUUUAAUUUUAAAAGGGUUAGAAAGGAUAUCAUUUCAGAAUUUAAAAAUACUUUAAAAAGGCACUAUUUUGUUAUGAACCAGUAGUGUUUUAUCAUGGACCAGCUCCAGUCUGCAGAUGUAUGUAGGAAGCCACUGCUGUAAUAGAUGGUUUUGCAGUUACAUUUGGACAAUUUCCUUGAAAAUUUUAGAAAGUAAAUGAUGCCCAGUUUUUGUGUUAGUUACCUCAUAAUUUCUAAGAGGCCCAUACUUCUAUCGUAAGUUGUGAGCCCUCUCAAAGAUUCUGUUCCCAGACACCACACCUGUUGUCAGCCGGUCAGACUGGGGAGACGAAAAUACCACCUGUAAUGCCAUGUCCUUCAGAAUCCUCUUCAGCCACUAGCAUGUCCCAAGUUUCUUCUGGUGGUGUAUAAUUUGAUCUCAUAUUGCUAUAGUUUGGAUAUGUGACUCUGCAAAAUUUCAUGUUAAAAUUUGAUCCCCGGUGUUAGACAUGAGGCCUAAUGGGAGGUAUCUGGGUCAUGGGGCGGAUUCCUCAUGAAUGGCUUGGUGCUGUCUGUGUGCAUAUGAGUGAGUUCUUGCUGUAGCAGUGCCUGGGAGAGAUUGUUAAAAACGAGCCUGGCACCUGACUUGUCUCUAUUUUGCCCACGCUGUCUUGUCAUGUGAUCUCUGCACACUUCAGCUCCUCUUACCC